UCCUGUCCUGUCCCCCAAAACCCGAAGCGCUGCCGCGCACCGAUCUCAUGGCGGUAGUAGAGUUCUUCCCGCCGCCGUCGCCGAUGCCGUCGGCGACGCUGCACCCCGUUGUCCGCUUCAACAUCUGUGACUGCUACGUCCGGCGCCCCGACCAGGCCGAACGCGUAAUCGGGACCCUCCUUGGCUCCGUCUCCGACGGCGUCCUUGAGAUCAAGAACUCCUACGCCGUCCCCCACAACGAGCCCGCCGACCAGGUUGCAUUAGAUGUUGAUUACCACAAUAACAUGUACAUGUGCCACCUAAAGGUGAAUCCCAAGGAAGUUACAGUUGGAUGGUUUUCAACUGGCUUUGGUGUUUCUGGUGGGAGUGCAUUGAUACAUGACUUCUAUGUAAAAGAACUUAAAGAAGCUGUUAAAUAAUUUAAAGAUACACAGAAUAUUCUUCCACCCAUUCAUCUUACAGUUGAUACUGGAUUAAGAAAUGGACAAGCUUCCAUAAAAGCUUAUAUACUUGUCAAUUUGUCUCUUGGAGAUGGGCCUCUUGCAGCGCAAUUUCAAGAAAUUCAUCUUGAUUUGAAGAUGAUUGAAGCAGAAAGAGUUGGAUCUGACGUCUUAAAGACUACUGUUACUGACAAGCUCCCCAAUGACUUGGAGGGAAUGGAAGCUUCAACAAAGAGAUUGUAUUCUCUGAUUGAUGAUAUCUACAAAUAUGUAGAUGAUGUUGUGGAGGGACGAGCGGCCCCAGAUAAUGAUAUUGGUAGAUUUCUUGCCAAUGAAUUGGCUUCCGUUCUGAAAUUUCUGCAAAUGAUUUUUGACAAUGUUUUCAACAAAAUAAUUCAGGAUAAUUUUGCAUUGUUUUACCUGUCAAGCCUCAUUAGGACACAACUAAGCAUAGUAGAGAAGCUGAACACGGCUGCUCAGAUAUUGUAACCUGUCCUCCAAUUUUGCAAAGAGGCUGCUAGUUCUUUUGUGCUGUUUCAGCUGAUAUUGACUGCUCUUGGAUUUUUUUUUUUCAGUGUGGUCGCUAUCAAUAGCCUUACAGUCAACAUAUGAGUUAUUAGUGAUAAUUUUGUAUUUUGUUUUCAACAUUUUCAAGAUCGGUUACCUCUCUGCCACCACUUUUGUAAUGGAUCAUUUUAAGAUUGUACCGAAUGUGCUGGUUUCAUGCCUAUCAUAAGUCAUAACUAGCAAGCCAUGGUUGCUCUGACGUUCGGCAUGUCUAUUUUUUCUGUAAUUUUCAUGUUUAAGGUAAAAUUGUUGUAGUGUUAGUAUAUAUUUCAUUAGGUCCAGGGGAGAUGCUUUGUCUGAUGGAUCUAACACUUCAUAUGCUCAUGAUGUACGUAUAUACUUUAGGGAAGUGAUUUAAUCAAUUAGUUCAUAUCGGAUGCUCUAAACGUUUGGAUUGUGACCGGGGGUAUCUUUGUUCGAUCAAUGUGCGUCAAACAUUUUUUGUCGUAGUAUUUGACAUUUUUAACUCAACAAGAGGUAGAUCGGAAUUUUUUUUUUUUGCCUGACAAGAGUAGCUCAAACUUUUUUUUGCUUAGGUAGAUUAAACAAUUAUUAUUUGAUCAAAGAGGAUUAAACAUUUUUUGUAUAUCAAGUAUUUUUUUGAUCCGACAAGAAUGGGUUAGAUUUUUUUGAUUGUAAGUUGAGCACUUUUGUCCUACCAAAGUGUUGCUUGUUCUUAACCAGAGUACCAGAUGGUAGAAUUUUAAUAAUACUCAAGUUGUCUGAUCUAUUGUGUUUUGUCUUGAUUAUCAAACAUUGUUGGACUUAACUCUGGUAGAUUUUUAUGACCUUGAUUCUUGCACAGGCACAAGUUUAUCUUUAGCAUCAUCUCGGUGUGAUAAUAUAUAGAUUAACUAUGAAGUUAGUAGAUUUUUUUGACUAAUUAGGCUCCACAUGUUGAGUUUCGAUUAAUCGUGAUUGAUGAUCAUGUGAUUUUAAAGAGAUUAAUGUAAUAGCAUGAUUCAAAAUAAUUGCGUACCUGUCAACUACCAUGAAAUGACCUAAAGGAAAAUGUACGCCAAGUUUCAGAAGUUUACGGGAUAUACAUACAUUAGUGAUCAAUACGAGACUAAUCGUCUUAAGAGGGCUCUCUCUAUAUAUGCCUACGCAUUGCACUCUUCAGUUGCGUUGGUAUUUUUGGUUUAGCUGCUUUCCGCGACCCGGCGUGAAUCCGCCGGACGGAAAGCACACGAGUGGAAGCGAGUUCUUGAAGGUGGAGCGGUUCCUCGAAAGGCCACGCCGACCCCUUCCACCUCGCAGCCCAUUCUCCGCCUCAAUGGAUUCAAGGGGAGAGGAGGCCGGCGUGAAUCCGCCGGACGGGACACGCCCGGACAUCUACGAGCUCUUCUGCCAUUACAACGCCCUCUACUUCCGCGACGCCCUCGGCGCCUGUGCCCUCUCCUGGGCCUCCUCCUCGCCUUACCCCAGCUAUGCUGCCUACUGUCACUAUUAUGAUGGUGGCGGUUGUGAGAUACACCUGUCUAAGCCCUUGUUGAAGACCUGCACUGCUUCUGAUCUUAAAAAUGUUUUACUACAUGAGAUGAUUCAUGCUUACCUCUUGAUUGAGUACAAUAACAAGGAUCACAGUGACCAUGGUCCAAGUUUCCAGGAUAUGAUGAAUUCAAUAAACUCCAACUCGGUUAUAGAUCCUCAGAGACCGAUAGGAGGAUACAACAUCACGAUCGAUCAUGGGUUUCAGAAGGACCAUAAUGAUGAUGGAGUUCACCAAUGGAUUUGUGAACUGUGUGGUGAGGUAAUCUUGUCAACCACAAAUAGAGGACCUUCAGCCGAUGACUGCAUCGAAAAUGUGGGGCCUGAUGCAUUUUGUGACAACCCAUUAUGUCACUGGCAUAGCCAUAACAAGCAGUGCAGUGGUAGAUACUCUAUAUGUGGGCCACCUGAAUGUUACGGUGACAAAACUAGUUCAAGAGGCAAACAAGAGUGUCAUGAGAACAGGACUGAAAAAUUGCCCCAUCUAGCUGGACAGACCAAACAAAGAUUACAUAAAACAGGACAAAAGAAGGAUAAGCACAAUGGCCAAAAAAAUAAUUUAGCCAAGUAUUUGCUGCCUUCAGGUGAUGCAACUCAAAGUUCAGCGAAUACUUCUUCCUCUAGAGAUGAUUCUUGCAAGGAAAUUAAUUUUGAACAGUUGAAACGCGACCCAGAAAUGCAGUGCGCUGUGGCAGCAGGAGGCCGUAAACGAAGAAAAAAAUGUGUUUCCAAGAAGCAUGUUUCUACUCGCCCAAAAAGAAGAAAGCUGACAAGAUGUGACAACAAAUGCACAGUUGUAAUUGAAUGGUUGGGCUUAUUCGAAGAUGAGGAAGCUGAAGAUGACUCAGAACCUCUGGUAAAUAAAAGGUCAGAGAGGAGGAAGAAGCAAAAGCUACUGAGUGGUAUUAAGGAUUGAAAUGCGCAAACUGAGGUUAUCUAUCAUGCCACCUCCUUUCAGAUGGGUUGCAGCAGAGAUGACAGAGAUAAACAUGCUAUAGAUGAGCAAGAGAGACAUCUGAUUUUGAGCAACAAUCAUCUGACAGGAAGCCUUGAAAUACAUGCUAAAGACUGGCAUACCAUGAAAGCUGCAUCCAAAGAUGAGAUUGGUUCCCUUCCCAACCGGCUGAUGAUGUGCUCCCAGAAUGCAGUGUAACUGGAUAUAUGGAUGUUAAGAUGUAUGAUGACUCCUUCGAAAUCACUGGUUAUUGUGGAUA